AUGUAUGUACACUUGUAUUCACCUACCUCAGGACACACAACUGGCCUGAAAGAGGAGGUGAAAGAAAUGAAGUCAUGUUUAUCCAACUUCCAGACUGAAAAGAACCAACUGCAGGAGAAGCUCAAUAACCUUGAGAAGGAAAAGAGCAACCAAGAGAUCGAGCUGACGUUCAAGUUGAAGUCCCUCCAACAGAGUCUGGAGCAGGAGGAAGGCGAACACAAAGCUACCAAGGCUAAGUUGGCGGAUGAAAACCAAAUUUAUCAGUCGAUAGAGGUGGCGAAAUCUGCGACCUUAAAAG